CGUCUGUGGUCCCCGGAAGUGGAGCGGCUUCGGCAGGGCAGCUUUUCCUGGGGCCGUGGCUGUGUUUCUCUGCGGGUUCCGAGGGAGCGAGCGGAAUGGCGAACCCAGCUGCACCUGCAGCCGCGGCCCCCAACCUGGAUCCGCCUUUGGAGCAGCUCUGGCACUUGGCAGUGGAGCUGCGGCUGCUCAUGACUCGAGUGCGGGUCGGCGAAGCCCGGGAGACCACAGAGGAGUUUAAUCGGGAGAAGUUUUGGAAAAGACUCAAUGACGCAGCUGAGAAUGUGUCAAGGGAAGCCACGAAUCUGACCGUCUUCUCUCGACUUCCACUGUCGUCUCCACAGAAAACUCAGAUGUGCUGUGAGAAGGUCCAUGCUGCCAUCGAGGCAAUUACUGCAGUGUACUAUUCACUUCCCAAGAAUCAGGGAAUCACUCUACGAAAGCUGGUACGGAGUGCUACUCUGGAUAUUGUGGAUGGCAUGGCCCAGCUUUUGGAAGUGCUUUCUAUCACUCCAGCUCAAAGCCCCGAGAACAAGGAUCUUAUUUCCUGCAGCAGUGUCUGGGUUGCAUGCGAGCAGGUGCCUCAGAUACCAAGAGAUAACAGAGCUGCAGCCCUUUUAAUGCUGACAAAGAGUGUGAAUUUUGUGAAAGAUGCACUUGAGGAAAUGGAGCGGGCUGUGGAAGAAUGUGACCCUUUCUCUGGCCUCUUGAAUGACUCUGAGAAGGACAACUCUGAUAACCUUGAUAAUGAGGAGGAGGAUGUGUUGGGGUUUCCAAAUAAUCGGGACAUAUACUGGUCAGAGGAAGAUCAAGAACUCAUAAUCCCAUGCCUUGCCCUGGUGAAAGCAUCCAAAGCCUGUCUGAAGAAAAUCCGGAUCUCAGUGGCAGAGAAUGGGAAGAAGGACCAGGUGGCCCAGCUGGAUGACAUUGUAGAUAUUUCUGAUGAGAUCAGCCCCAGUGUGGAUGAUUUGGCUCUGAGCAUAUAUCCACCGAUGUGCCACCUGACAGUGCGAAUCAAUUCUGCGAAACUUGUAUCCGUUUUAAAGAAGGCACUUGAAAUUACAAAAGCAAGUCAUGUGACCCCUCAGCCAGAAGAUAGUUGGAUCCCUUUACUCAUCAGUGCUGUAGAUCAUUGCAUGAACAGAAUCAAGGAACUCACUCAGAAUGAACUUGAAUUAUGAGUUUUCAGGCUUGUUUGUACUCUCCUCCUCUUUCCCUUUCUCACUGUUAUAGCCAGGCUAUGAUGCUGCAUUUAGAAUGCUUUCUGGAUUAAAAGGGAGUUGUCUUUACUUAAUAACAGAUGCUAUUACCAAAGGUUUUUGGUUAGGCCAAAUUGGCAGUUAUUUAUAAACCACGUUAAGUGUGAUAUAUUCUUCUGUGCUAGUUACAGAAGCAUGACUUUGUGUUCCUGAAUCACCACAAAAAUUCCCAGAGAAGCUGCCUUGUAUUGUAAAAUCCUUAUUGGCAAUAAAGUGUGUUCUUUCAUUGUUAAAGAUGUUGAUGGUCUCAAUAAAAUGCUAACCUGCCAGUGGUGAAAUGAG